AUGGCUUCUAGCAAGAGAGUCCUCGUCAUUGGUGGAAGCGGCCGCACUGGCAAGCUCGUAAUCGAGGAGCUCCUUCAACGUGGCCAUGCAGUCACCGCAUUGGUCCGAAACCCAGAAGCCAUGCACAACGAGAUUAGCGCAGGACUCAUGACCACAACCGGCACGCCUUUGGAAAUAGACGACGUCCGGAAAGCUUUCACACAGAGCAGACCUGAGGUUAUCAUCGUUACUCUCAGCGCACCAAGAGCCAGCGAUAGCCCCUUCGCAGCCGUCACCUCGCCUCCACGACUGAUGGCUGAUUCCAACGCAAAUGUCGUCGCAGUAAUGAAGGAGUUCAAGACACCCAAGAUCGUCAUCAUGCAAGCGUUCGGCGUGGGUGAGUCCUGGGCUAACAUGCACUGCACGCUGCAGGUGCUCAUGAAGAGAAGCAAUAUGAUUUACCAGUAUGAUGAUCACAAUCUGGUUGCGACCGAAACAAAAGCCAGCGGUGAAACCUACGUCUUUGUACGCCCGUCUAGAUUGGUAGAGGGCGAGGCGAAGCACAUCACAGAGCACCCUGACCAUGGGAAGAGUGUGUCGUUAUUCUCCACUGUUUCUCGGGGAAGCGUUGCGAGGUUCCUUGUGGAUGCAGCCGAGAAGGACAAGUGGGACAACACUGCGCCAGUCAUUACGAACUGA